AUGCUGGAAGAAUCGUUUGUCGAUUGCGAUCCGUAUCAAGAAUCGUACUCUACGGUAUCAUCCGCUACCGCGAGUAGCACCAUUCUACUGUCAGAAGUGCAGAUUCUCUUCAUAUUUUGCAUAUGCGCUCAAAAAUCACAUUUGCUCAAGACGGGCGUCUACUGUGUACAGUUUCGAAAGAGCGUUAUCGAACGUGCUGGCAAUCCAUCCGCCUUCACUAUAACAAGACCACACAGUUCGAUCGCUGAGCCAACGCAACCGUCAUACAACGUUCCUAAUCUUAGUGAAUUAGCUUAUCGAGCAAUAAACGCAGACCGUAAUGAAGUGAACUAUCCGACAAAUUUCAUCUUUGAACGAUGUAAAACAACACGACGUCCAUAUGCGAGUUCAGUGACACAUCGACGUAACGUGGUUUAUUGUAAACAUUGCAAAUUAUUAUUCUAUGAGCGGAAUGAUUUCUAUGAACAUUUCAAGCAAUCUUCAUGUGCGAUGCCUGCAUGUGCAGAAGAUAUCAUUCAUGUUCAGUGUCGUGGUGCAGAGUGCAUACCAGCUGAAUAUGAAUAUGGUCGACGAUCGUGUUUGAUAACGUUGCAAUCGAAUGCAACCAUGGAAUGUACCGCUUGUGGACUUUCGUCACGCGAAUUCAGCUCGUGUGCAGACUUUCAUCGACAUCUUUUCAACUGUGAUAGCACCACUAUCAAUCAACAAAUAAAGCAGUCAAGAAACGUCACCAAUUACAAUUCCCAACAAAUCACUCAUUAA